CGCGAACACGCUCCCAAGUCACAUGACACAAGAGACCAUCACAAACAUGGCCGCUCCCGACGUUUUGAAGAUUUUGGAGGAGCGACUUGAAGUGCUAGAAAUGCGGCUAGCGGGAAACGACUGGGGCAAAGAACUCCCGAACAAGUCCACUAUAACGGAGCUUCUAGCGAACGUCAACAGCAAGAUUCAAGCUGCCGUAGCGUCACGCGAAAAGCUUUCCGUCCUCAAAAAGACCGAGGAGCUUGAUAGAUACCUGGAUGCUGAGUAUCAGGAAAAGAUUGAUCUCACAGAAGGGGCCAAACUGCAGCUCAUUUUGGCAGAGGAGGACAGAUUGCGCCAGGUGAUAGCUGCCUACCAAAAAAUGGAGGACCUGAAGCCGGUGUUGGACAGCGAGCACAUCAAAGAUGCACCCAGCCUUUUUGGAAAGGUUUCCGCCUUGGCUGCGAUUCAUCUCGAACAACAGGAGGAAGUUGAUGAACAGACGCAGAAGCUUUAUCACUUGUUGUCAACGUACAAUGAUUUGGUGAACACCAUCUCGAAGCAGUUCCUACUUUGGGACAACAUGUUGACGCAGAAACUCAACCAGCGCAAGGUGACCGAACCGUCGUCGCAAGACUGAGUCCUACCCCAAGACCAAUUUAUGGUGCCGGCAUAUUUUCACAAGCUAAUCGAGACACUAGCGUCGCAAAAUGGGCAUGCUUUUCGAACCACCGAUUAAACCUUCAAGGCAAAGCUAUUGCA